GUGUGUGUGUGUGUGUGUGUGUGUGUGUGACGGAUCGUGAGCCACUUCAUCAGCACAGCAGCUGCGCGGAUGCCCUCACUGUUCUCCAGCCUGCUCCACACGACGUGCGCAGCAGCCACCCGUAGCCAGGCACGGCUCUGAGUCUCUGGAUCCCUCCAUCUGUCUGUCCAUCCGUCCGUCCAUCUACUCUUCCUCUCCUCUCCUGUUCUCUUCUCUUCUCCCCUCCCCUUCAUCCCCUCAUCCUCUCCUGCUGCUCCCGGACCAGAGAAGGGAGACCAGGUGAGGCUUCAGCUCCAGCUCCUGUCUGCCUCCCCUCCCCGUAUUCCUACACAUCUCUGUCUGUCUGGACUUGGGCAACCACCCGGGAGGUGCAGGGGGGUCCCAGCAUGGAAGCGGUGGCUCUCUACACGUUUCGGGCCACAGAGAGCGACGAGCUCAGCUUCCAGAAGGGUGAUGUUCUCAAGAUUACGAACAUGGAGGAUGAUCCAAACUGGUACACAGCGGAGCUGAUGAGUAGAAAGGGCUACGUGCCUAAGAACUAUAUCAACGUGAGACCUCACACGUGGUUUGCUGGGCGCAUCUCUCGGAACGUGGCGGAGGGCCGCUUGAGGCCCCGGGAGUGUGGUGCCUUCCUCGUGAGGGAGAGUGAGAGUGCACCUGGGGAGUUCUCCAUGUCCGUCAGCUAUGGUGACCAUGUCCAGCAUUUUAAGAUACUCCAGGACAGAGGGGCCCAUUACUACGUCUGGGAUGAGGUGUUCCCCUCCCUGAAUCAACUGGUUGACUUCUACAGAAGCAACAGCAUUGCCAAGGAACGGACUGUGUUUCUGAGGGACAAUGAACAUACAGUGAGGAGGCCCCGGCAUGCGCAUGCCCUGUUCGACUUCCACCCUCAGCACGCCUCCCAGCUGCGCUUCCUGCGCGGGGACGUCAUCGACAUCCUGGACUGCUCUGACUCGCAGCGCUGGAAGGGCCGAUGUCACGGCCGAGUGGGCUUCUUCCCCCCCGAGUAUGUCCAGCCCAUGUACCACUAACCAGCUCAACACACACAGAGCCGCAGAGCUGAACUGGCCAUUUCUGCGUAGAGGGCAUUCUCCCGGUGGGCCAACAGUACUCAGGGGCCGAUGCAGUUGGUUGGUUUGUUUAUUUUGUUGGUUUUGUUUCCCUCCCCACCCCCCUUAGAGACCGGCCCACCUUCUGGGCGUGGUGUCCCAUUUUGUCCAUCUGUAAUAUAGACAAUGUACUGAGCCAGUCAAUAACAUGGUAGAAGAACAGGUGCGGCUGUGUGAGGGGCUGGUCUACACCAGAAAUGCCCGGGCUGUUUUUUUGGUCCCAGACCAAUCCUGUUUAGAGGAUGGCGACAGCAUGGGUGAUAGCCUGAACAUGCACUGGGCAUGCACUGAACAUGCACUGGACAUGGAAAAACAAAACAAAACAAACAAACUAGCGUUGACACGUUGAACUGCUGAUUCGCUGAACUCUUUUAACAUCGACAGCAACCAUACCCUCACAUGCAAGUCAAUACCUGAAGGCAAGAGGAUCUGCAAAGGGCCCGAUGGAAAAAUGCAAUUUUGGUCAGCCCUAUACUUUUCCCCAAACCCUAAUACUGUACAUCCUCUAAAAGGGGGUUUGUUCCCGUAACAGUGCUCGGCCCAUGAAGCUCUUACCUCCCACAUCACUGGCAGAAAAUCUUUCUGAAUGGAGGUGUAUAGAGUCCUUGUGGGAUUCACUGAUAAUCACCCAAAGACAUGACAGGAUGCCUAGUCCUAUGGUGCAAUCUGUAAAUGACAAAUAAACACAGACAUUCCAGAGAGAGCUGUUAAGUUGUAGUCAGUCAGCACAGUACUUCACCUGUAAGGAAGCUGCAGCAGGCAAUUGGGUAUUUGAUGAGCUGUCUGAACCCACACCCUUUUGCCCACACCUUUUUUUCCCCCGCAAAACUGAAACCAAAUGGGGAAGUGCAAUUUGUAAUAAAUAUGUCAGCAAAAAUUGCUGAUAUUCUCAAGAAUGGCAAAAUCCCCUUCCACAGAAACUGGAUAACACUUGACGAACAUUUUAUUUUUAGUUUCAGUUGAAGAAUCACCAAGGUUUCUCUGUAGACACUAAAUAUAAGUUGCACUGUUGAUAACUUCAUUUUUGUUGUAGAGGUGAGAGGCCACAACAUCCAGGUGGAUUGUGAAAUUGUGUCUUGUGUAGUUAUGUUGUUUCUGUAUGAUUGCUUACACGUACACAAAGCCUAUGUAUCUUUGUUUGUAUUUAUUACAUGUUAAACCAUUUAUUUCCUGUCUCUCAGUCAGAGGCUUGAACAUUCAUCUGUGUAAAAGAUUACUUGUAAAUUAUGGUAUAUGCUUUAAAACAAAUCUAUUAGGAAAUAAAGUAAUAAUGCACUGUAUCAAGAACAUGUGUUUAGACCACACUGUCAUGCUGGUUAACUCUUACGUAAAAUUAAACAUCAAAAAUUCAGGACAAUCGUCACUUUUCACAGAUAAAUCUAUUCUGUUUAAGGCCUCUUCAAUCUCUGAUUUUGAAUAUUCACAUUCUUUUAGCCUAUUCAAUGUAACGGAAAGGACAAGUUAUCACCAAAAACACAAGCACAAUACAGCACUGAUAAUAAAAUUCUGUUUAAGUUGUCAAAGCAUUUCAUAUUAUUCUAGCCUGAUGAAUGAGAGUCUUUCUUACUAAACACACAAUGGUGGCUGUUGCCAAUCAUUUGACAUCAUGCUAUUUUUUUCGUAUUUCUGACCAUUUACACAAAAAGUACCAGACGCAAUAAAGCAUUCAUGAAGUUCUAGCGAGGCAUGAACUUGUUCAUCUCUCCUUUGCAAAUGGAUACUACUGACAAAUGACAUGAGAUGUUUGUUUUCCUCGUGGCAUUCUCGGGUCAUCUGACCUCAGCAUUGAGGCUAUGGUCUCAGCAGGGAAGUCGACAAACAGGGACAAAGGGGACAGUUGUCCUGGGCCCAGGGACAGAGAGGUCCAAGAAUUGGGUUCUCAUUACAUUUGUA